AUGCUCUUAUUUUGGUUUUUUUGCUCUUUCUCCUGCCUUGUGAAGUCGCGACCACCUGUUCUACUCAAUCCUAUUCCUGCUUUCCCUUCUGAUGACUUUUGCAAACCAGUCAAGCCGCUUGCCUCUGGAGCCUUCAGCAUCUCUGCUGCUUGCCAUGUCGAUACUACCUCGACAGCCAAAAAUUCGACAGAUAGGGCGGCCUCAUCCUGUCUUCUAAAUUCUGCUGCACUUGCCACCGCCUUUACUACCUCUGAAGGCCAACAAGCUUGGCAUGAAGUGGCCAGUUGGCUAGCAGGAUUAGCCGCACGUCAAACCUCCAAUCUCAUGGACAUGAAUCCCGAGGAGUCUAUUGUCAGGAUCCCGGCAGCGGUCAGUGAGGCCAUUCUUUUUCGGUGA